AGAGCGCGUUGCUAUGGUAAUCGGUUAACGUCGGUACAACGGUAACGGUAUGGAGGAGGAUAACGCUGCCGCGGCUCUCGACAAUAUCGUGACAGAAUUUCACACCUACGAAGAUUUCCUCGACUCUCAAAUUACGUCGUUGGACUUGUAUUAUCUCGAGGAUGAGGAGUUGGCUCGCCAACUGGUGGAACUGGGCUACAGGGGCAGCGGCGAGGUCCUGAAGAGGGAGGAAUUUGAGACCAGGAAAGCAGCUGCAGAGGCCUCCAGGCUCUCCAAGAGGAGCCAGCAGAAGACACUGGCAAGUGUGGGAAAGGAGCUGAAAGAUAACUUCCUGAAAGCGCUGGCGGAACGAGAGGAGGUCAACCGCAGUGGGAAAAUGACUUCCAUUAUUUUCAUACGGGAUCGUAACGCUCUUGGACAGGAAAUCUCUGGCUAUAUCGACUACUCCCACAGACUGAAGACAGAGGAGUUUGAUCCGUACUUCAAUGGUAAGAAGAGGCUGCUGCCAAGAGCUACAGAUUUAAGCUUCUACAACUGGGAGACCCAGGUGUCCACGUCCAAUGCCAGCGCUAACUACCAGGUGAUGGCUGACAACUCCAGUGGUCUGCUGUUUAAGAACAAGACAGACAGAAAGAUUCUCAACGUGGACCCUAAGGCCACACCUGGAGACAACUCCUCCAGGACGCCCCUCCAGUCUGAACUCUACAGCCAGGUCGUCAUCUAUGACCACAUCACCAGGAGGACCUAGCCAAUCACCUCUCACUGUCUUCUCCCACCACAUCGCCAGGAGGACCUAGCCAAUCACCUCUCACUGUCUCCUCCCUGCUACCACCUCACCUCACACUGCUAUUACCACCUAGCCAAUCACCUCACACUGCUAUUACCACCUAGCCAAUCACCUCACACUGCUAUUACCACCUAGCCAAUCACCUCACACUGCUAUUACCACCUAGCCAAUCACCUCACACUGCUAUUACCACCUAGCCAAUCACCUCACACUGCUAUUACCACCUAGCCAAUCACCUCACACUGCUAUUACCACCUAGCCAGUCCACUGUCUCCUCCCUGCUACCACCUCACCUCACACUGCUAUUAAACCCCUUACUGGAACUCACUGGAAGCCUCUAAUUUGAUGUAAUAAAGGUUGUCCCCCCCCCCACACCCAUCAAUGAGGUGCUUUUUCUCCUGUCUCUUGCUAUAAGCCUCUCCACCUGGGUGUGGGGACUGAGGGCUGAUGACAGUGCAGUCUAACUAUCCUUCAGUGCUACACACUGAAUGUGAAGUCCCAUGGAAAACCCAAACAACAAAAGAACACACCAUCAGACCUUAUGGUCAUUUAUUUACAGCUGAUAAGAGUCUUAUCUUGGAUCAAGUCUAUCCCAAGUUACAGCUAGUUCAUCAAUAUAUAUAUAUAUAUUUUUUAAACGGUUUCAGAAUAAGUUAGAGGAAAAACAAAAAGAAAUGGAGGAACUUAUUCAACAAAGUUCCAGUGUUAUAUAUUAUAAAAAAAAUAAAGAAAACCGGAUGUAAUAUUGGGGGAAAAAAUGCACCAAAUAAUUUUUUUAAUCUUCAACAUAGAAAUGCUAUCAAAACUAAUUUACUGAAACUUGUUACAAAUAAUGGAGUCGUCCAUGAUUCACCAAAUUAUAUUUAGAAAGAGGAAGUAAAAUACUUUCAGCAUCUGUUUUCGUUUCAUUCUCCAUCUCCUCUAACCGAAGAUAAUUGUAUGGAUUUUUUUUUCUUUUUUCUAUUAAUAAUAAUGUCAAAUUAACAGCCGUACAGAAAGAUUAAUGUGAAGACGAAAUUACAGAGGAGGAACUUCCUGAUGCUAUUAAAACCUUGCAGUCUGGGAAAACUCCACGGCUGGAUGGCACACCAGUGGAGGUUUGUGGUUGUAGUCAUUGGUUCUGUGGUUAUUUACAUGUUUUAACCACUCCUAUAUAAACGGUAGAUUAUCAGACUCUCAGCAAGAAGCUCUGAUUUCAUUAUUACUGAAACAGGAUCCAAGUGAUAAAUAUAAACAUCCAGUCCAUUUAAACAAUUGGAGGCCCCCUUACACUUCAGUGUUGUGAUGCAUAAAUUCUAGCAAAAUGUACAGCGCAUAGAAUUAAAAAAGGUAUUGUUGGACAUUAAUCAUUCGAUUCAGACAGGUUUUUUUUUUUUUACAUGGACGAUACAUUGGAGAUAAUAAACUCAGCAAAAACAAGAAACGUU